AUGCUCAGUACAGUACCGUCUCUGCGUGGGAUGGUGUUAUUUACGACCGCAGCUGCGGUGGAGUCUUUGACAUCAAACUCCUGCACAGAGAAGUCGACCAGAGAUGCCAAACAGGGAGAAACAACUCAAAGCGGACAAGAGACAUCAGAGGAAAUACUCUUCAAGGCCUUUAAACAGGAGUUAAACACAUCUCCAUGUACACAACACACACUUCUUAGUUCUAUUCCUGUGGGAAAGGGAAGAUCAAAGGGUCAACUCAAUAAGUAUCGCUGUAUUUCUCUGCAGCGUCCCGCAAAUGGCAGCUACAGUUAUUCUUUAUAUCUCAUUAACUUGGAUCACUUAUAUGAUGAAAGUGUUGAUUUACUUAACGAGGCACAUCAAUGGUGGUUGACGGCUUUAAAGGAUAUUCAAAGGAAUAACACUCAUCAUCAUCAUCAUCAUCAUCAUCAUAAGUUUGAGAAUAGCAACAACGAUGGUGGUGUUGAGAUGGAAAAACCUGAAAUAAUCCUUAUUGUAAUUUCUCCCACAGAGGCUCAAAUGAGAAAAAGAAGAAGACCUGGAAGUAUGUUACCAUCUCUUGUACGAAUUACAUCAGAGAAUGUGAUGGAAAAUGUUGAGGAGAUGCAUGUACGGCUUUGUGGAUUUCCACAUCAUAUUCAUUUCAAAAUAUCAAGAGAACAACUUCAAUGUCUUUCCUCAUUUUCUACUAAAGACAACACUUCCACAUCUAUGAGUGAAUGGGAUUGGCUCAUUCUACAGCCAAAGGAACUUGUUGUUUCUCACACAUGGUGUAGUUUGACGUUUAUAUCUAGUGAUUUCAUAACUCAUUCCAUUUUCUUUUUGGAGUGGUGUAUUCCAAGUGAUUUUGUUUGGUCUUCACCGCAGUCAUCCGCAGAUGGAUGGGAAUGUGAUAUACUUGGCAGAUUAUUACGAGAUAUUACUAAACAUCAACACACUAUGGAUAGUCCCACACAUGUUAACAACUACAACGACUACUCCUAUUAUCAUCAACAAGAACAAGAACAAGAACAACAAUAUCAUCCAAUCUCUAAGCGACACCGGUUAGAAGAUACAGAGGCGUUUGUAGACAUGGUUUCUCAUGUAUCACCAGAAACUGUAAACACCACAGAGGCUCUUGAAUAUGCAAAGAAAGUGGUGGAUAUGCGUUUUGUUGAGAUGAUGUGUACAAGAAGGGCUCUCACGCCAGACAGAGAAGCCACAGUGAGAAGUCUUCUUGGACAACUCCGCAUGAUGGAGGAGACACACACUCUUCACGAUAUCACUAUUAACAACAAUGAAAAGACGAAUUAUUCUUUUUCUGCUAUUAUGCCGACGAAACAAACAGAACGAGUGAAGAAGGAAUGGGAAAAAUUACAACAGAGCCACCACUAUCAUUAUCAUCAUAAAGAAAAACAACAACAAGUGCCACUCUCCCAUUUAGAAGAAGAAGAAAAAAAAGAAAAAGAAGAGAGAAGAAUACAUCCUUUUUUGGAGAAACUACAAGAGCGAUUAUUACAUUCAAACAAACGAAAUACAGUGUGUCCAUUGCAGUUUACGGGAGAUGCGGAAAAACUGCUGGAGGCCCCACGUAUCGCUGAAGAGAUACUUCACGCACCGCAGCAAGAUGCGAUUGAACUUGCAGAUGUGGCUCAGUUAAGAAUGUUAAUAAAGUCUGAUGUGAACUCCUCUUCUUAUUCCUAUUCUUCUUAUCUUCCUUGUGGAGAUCUUCGAAGUAUACUCGAGGCAUCUAUGGACGCGUACAUCACAUCAGCGGCGGAUGGGGAAGAUGAAAAGAUGAUGAAGCCAACAAGGUUCACUCCAUAUAAAGAAGAAGAAAAAGAGGAAAAAGAAGAAAAAGAAGUAGUAGUAGAAGAAGAAGCAGCUAGGGAGAAUGGAGUAAGACUACUGGAAGUAAUGGGUGAUGCUAUUCUUAACGCUGUGAAUGCCUUUGCUGGGAAUAGAGAUAACACACAUAAAGAAUCCUGCAGUAGUGUGGAUGAUGUGAUUCAACACGUGUGGAAUGUUAUUACAGAAUACCUUGAAAGUGAUAGGAAUAAUGAUACUGAACCCUUUCGUUCAGCUGAAAUACAUUCAAAGACUGAUUGGAUACGAUCACGUCUUCAAGAGGCUAUUUCCGCUUGUGUAACCAUAGAUGAUGAUAAUGAUGAUAAUAAUAAUAAUAAUAAUGUGGGAAAUACGAAAGAGCGCAGAAAUCUACUCUGGCUCUCACACGCUGCGUUUCUCAUCUCUCACACUGCCAUUCCAAAUACCGCAAUAGACCCACCGCCGCCGCCAAUAUGCAGAAGAGGUGAAGUGAUAACAAGUGAGGAACACACACGGCGUGUUGUGCGAGCGAUGGAGGCACACGUUUUCUUUCUUGAUGCCGCACUCUGUGCGUUUGAUAGUGCGAUUCUCAAUCGAUGGAAAGAGGCUCGGGAGGCACUGCAGCAAAGAGAAAAGGAAAAAGGGAAAAAGAAAACACGAUGUGUUUAG